AUGACCUCUCAAUUAAUUCAACAAGACAGACUUCGGGGUUUUACAGAGAGCAACACUUACGAUCAUCGACCUACAUCUGAAACUAUCAAUAUGAGGACUCCAUCAGUUAGACAAAACUCAACACACCUUUCAAAUCCAACGUAUCAGACUCCCGAGCUUGCACGACAGAGACAGAUGCAGAAGCCAAAUAAGGUGACAGCAACACACUCUAAAGUAACAGCGAGUGCUAGUUCUAGUAAUCAAGAUCAACAUAGAAAUAAUGUUGCUAACAAAACGCCGGAAAACAGCAAGUUGUACCGGUUCGUUCUACCACCGGAAUAUGAUGCUGAUGAUACAAGAUGGACAUUGAAGUAUCGAAAAAAUCUGCCAGGACUCGUAGAACUUAUGCCCCAAAGUGGUGUUUACGUCAGCUCCGGAUACCUCAAUUACUGUCAGCAAGUAUCGAAAGAUUGCAAAUCAUUAGCUCCUAGAUUAUUAACAGAAAUGCACUGA